UGCGCAGCCCACAAAGUUCUGUACUCGCCGAUUUUUUCAUGCCGAUGAUAGAAAGUGGCAUAUCCGCAGAAAUAGCCAAGUUACCAUACUAUAAUCGUUAUGUGGAUGACAUAUUGGCGUUUUGUUCUUCGGAGCAGCAGAUUGUUCAGUUGGUUCAGCAACUCGGUUGUGCACAUGCUAACUUGCAGGUCACCUGCGAAGUGGAACAGAAGAACUGUCUGCCAUUCUUAGACGUCCUCAUCAAUCGCAUGGAUGACGGGCUCAUUAAGAGGUCUAUCUACAGAAAAGCAACAUGGUCCGGCCAAUACCUGCACUUCACCAGCCGUACAAGCGGACCCUUGUAAAAACUUUAGUUAGUCGUCCCAGACGAAUUUGCUCGGCUGAUUGUCUAGCCGGCGAGCUGGAGUUGAUUACAACAACACUCGUUGCAAAUGGUUAUCCACGUAGAUUUAUAGAGAAACAGCCAACAGCGAGGCCCGAAAGACUUGCUGCAUACGGCAGCCAAGAAAAAGAUCUAUCUCGAGUUGCCUUUCAAUGGGGACUUUACUGUAUCGAAAUGUUUAAUCCCUAAUACGCAGAGUAGUUACUGUGCUGCUCAGAUUGUGCUCAUCAAUCGAACCCAUAACUCGCCGCCGCCUCCAA